AUGGCGCGUGACACGUGCCCGGAGGCAGGGCAAUUUCCGACCGAUGUUGCGGUUUACGAUGCCGAGCAAGCCGCCCGGCACGAGGCUCUGGCCUUGCGCCUGCAGGAGCAGCAAGAGCGCGAGCAGGCGGAGGUGGAGAUGCUGAAGGCUGCUGUCGGCAGCGUCUUCUCCGUGCGGAAGCCCCGAGACGCCGUGGCCGGCACGGCGAGUGGCCUGAAGACCAUGGCCAGGGGCGUGGGCGUGGGCUUGGCGAGUUUGGUCGUCCAGCCCUACGUGGGGGCCAAGUGCGGAGGCAUCAAGGGCUUUGCCAAGGGCUGUGGCACUGGCUUGGCCACAUGCGUUGGGAGCACCGUGGCUGGAACUGUUGUGGGAAGUGGACAGAUCGUCCGCGGCGUCGUGAACACGCCGGGGGCCAUUCUGCGCACGGCUCGUGGAGAGGUGUGGAAUUCAGAUGCUCGCAAGUGGGAGAAGGACUGGUACUCGUUGCCCGAGGAAGCUUCGGAAGUCCUGUGCGAGGAUUGCGAGGAGGCGGGUGGCGAAAGCCGUGCCCGUUCAUCCGGCUCGACUUCCAGGAAGGUCCAGCACACAGAGCUGUACAACGUCUUAGGCGUGCGGCCUGAGGCAUCGGAGGCGGACAUUCGCCGAGCCUUCUACAAGAAGUCCUUAGCUCUCCACCCGGACAAGAAUCCGGACAACCCAGAAGCCACGAAGCAGUUCCAGGAAGUCAGCGACGCUUACCGGAUCCUUGGCGACGAGGAACGAAGGCGGGCCUACGACGAGCUUGGCAAGGACACCGCCGCGGCUAACCUCCCGAAGAUUGAGCCUGUUGUGUUCUUCGCAGCACUCUUCGGCACACACCACUUCGAACCGUUCGUUGGUCGGCCGCGCCUGGCGCAAGACAUCGACAUGGAUUUGCAGCUGAUGAUGCGCGACAUCAUUGCUGAAGACGAGGAGAGCGGACAGAUUGAUGCAUUGAAGGUCAGCCGAGCCCACAAGCGAAUGCUGGCCUUGGAGCGACGGAGGCAGGUGCAGUGCGCCGUGAACUUGGCCAGCCGCCUUGACGCUCACCAAGACGAGGGCUGGGAGGAAGCACAGCGGGCAGAAGCCAAGCGCCUCUCGCAGGUUCCUUCCGGCCCCGAAAUGCUGUAUCUCAUCGGCUGGCUUUAUGUCAACGGUGCGGAGCAGUGGCUCGCCGGCAGCGCUGCGGCACGCCUCGUGGCGAAGAUGCAGGCGAAGGCGCACCUGAUGAAAUCGAAGGGAGAGCUUGCAGCAUCUGCUGGGCGCACAGCAUUCACCGUGAACAGCAUCAUGAAAACAGCAGAAAGGAAGAAGACGAAGCAGAGCGUGCAGAGGGAAGCGAAAGAGAAGGAGGAGAAGGCAGAGAAGGCAGCGCCGGAUGCGGCGACGGGCGCCUUCGGACCAGGCGAAGCUCCUUCGGGCGCCAAGGCCAAAACGGAGACGGAGGAAGGGAUGCGGAGCUCACAAGACGCUCAAGAGGGGAACAGCUCCCCGAGCAAAGCUCCCGCAGAAGGCACGGGACAGCUGGGACUGGCAAGCGGUGCAGACAUCCUCAGCCCUGGAACCAUCGUGGUGCUCUGCAACCUCAGGACAAACGCAGAGUUGAACGACGAGGUUGGUGUCAUCGAAGAGUUUGACGAGUCUUCCGGGCGCUACGUUGUCCACUUCCUGUCGGAUGGCUUGGAGCCUCGCAGACUCCGAGCCGAGAAUCUCUUGAUCUUGGAGGACUCCGCGAGCCGCAGCCAGGCCGACAGCAAGGACUCCACUGGAGGCUCGGCAUCUGGGGAAGACCCAAAGUCAACUCCAAGGGCCGAGGACACUUCAGAGGAUGCCCACUGGGCGCCAGGCGGAGACGAAGCUGAAGUCGCAGAAGCCUUCAAG